AACCAGACCAGAAGCACGGCAUACCACUCGAUCUCAGUGAUCCGGGAAGCCAAAUGGCCGCCCUUUGCUACUUACCUUCUUGUCACCGUUCUGUAUCGAAGCUCCUCUCCAAUUCCAAAUCUCAAGGUCAUCUCCACCCUAAUUUAUCAGUCUCCAACUCUAACCCUAACCCGAAUAUCUCAGGCGUUGGACUCCAGACUCGGCGGCGGUCAUCCUCUUUUUCUAUCAAAGCCUCGACUACCGCCUUUGCCCCGCUGGAGCACUCGGAGUCGACUUCUCUUGGAGAAAUCAUCAGGUCCGAUUUCCCUAUCCUUCGUCAGAAGGUUAAUGGCCGUGAUCUGGUGUAUCUAGAUAAUGCUGCGACCUCUCAGAAGCCAAAUUACGUUCUGAAGGCAUUGAAAGAUUAUUAUGAGUCUUCUAACUCUAACGUGCAUCGUGGAGUUCACUAUUUAAGUCAAAAAGCGACAACUGCAUAUGAGAAUGCCAGAGAAAAAAUCGCAGAUUUCAUUAAUGCAUCAGAUCACACAGAGAUUGUGUUUACUCGGAAUGCUACUGAAGCUAUCAAUUUAGUAGCUAAUUCAUGGGGUGACUUAAACUUGGGCUUUGGUGAUGAGAUUCUCCUUACAGUUGCAGAACAUCACAGUGCUAUUGUUCCAUGGCAAAUGGUUGCUAAAAAAAAGGGUGCUUCUUUGAAAUAUAUUGGUUUGACAGCAGGUGAAGUUCCAGAUAUUGAACAGUUGAAGAAGGCCCUAUCAAAAAAAACUAAGCUGGUGGUUACCCAUCAUGUUUCAAACACACUUGGUUCUGUUCUUCCUAUUGAAGAUAUUGUCAUUUGGUCUCAUGAGGUGGGCGCAAGGGUUCUUCUUGAUGCUUGUCAAAGUGUUCCGCAUAUGAUGGUGGAUGUGCAAAAGCUCAAUGUUGAUUUUCUUGUCGCAUCAUCUCACAAGAUGUGUGGGCCUACAGGCAUUGGAUUCUUGUAUGGUAAAAGCAACCUUCUGUCUUCCAUGCCACCGUUUUUAGGUGGUGGUGAAAUGAUCUCAGAUGUAUUUCAAGACUAUUCUACUUAUGCUGAACCUCCAUCUCGGUUCGAAGCUGGAACUCCUGCUAUUGCUGAAGCCAUUGGACUCGGUGCAGCAAUUGAAUAUCUCUCUGGAAUUGGCAUGCAACGAAUCCAUGAUUAUGAGAGGGAGCUGGCGGAUUAUCUUUAUUACAGCCUGACUUCUAUUCCGAAUGUACGGGUCUAUGGUCCUGCUCCUUCAGAAAUUAUUCAUCGUGCUGCUCUUUGUUCAUUCAAUGUUGAGAAUAUUCACCCAACAGAUAUUGCAACAAUUCUUAAUGAGGAGUAUGGCGUGGCCAUUCGAUCGGGUCAUCAUUGUGCUCAGCCACUCCACCGGUACUUCGGAGUUAAUGCUAGUGCUCGCGCAAGCCUUUACUUCUACAAUACCAAGGAGGAGGUGGAUCACUUCAUUGAGGCUCUUAGAGAGACAAUCAAAUUUUUCUCCAUAUAAGUAGCUAGCUAAUCUGUGAUCUUGUAAUAAUUCUUGCGAACUGUAAUGUAAAUAGUAUAAUAAUUUUUGCUUUUGGGAAGGAAAUGUCCUCAUCAUUUUACUGAACUUCUCCAGUCUUUGUGAAAAUCAGGUAAAUUUUGUUUUAAACAUAGCAGGUCAGUUCCCCUAGUUUAGUGUGAUGGAUACACUCAGCUUGAGGACCUUUACGUACUGCGGAUUAUUCAGCUAAAGGUCAGCAAAGUUACACAUACUUUUGGUCAGUCUUGUCAUGGGAUGUUGCUAUGUUGUUUCCUGCAUCUCAUGUCAGCAUAUUGAUAGGUUGAUCUAUUUGUUAAAUCUUAUGAUUAAAUGUGUUGUAGUUCUGGCAUAGGGAACAUAUUUCACUUGAAUAUAUAGAUUGUUUUUCUGAACAA